CCACCGACACCACGACUAUCACCAUUGCAACGCCGCUUCGCGCACACAUACAACUCUUACGCGCAUAUUCGCACGAUCAUUACCAACAAAGACCACGUUCACGCGAAAUACGAACCCUAGGCGCCUACACAGUUCAACAUGUCUCGCCAUCAUCCAGAUCUCGUAAUGUGCCGCAAGCAACCCGGAGUUUCCAUCGGCCGCCUCUGCGAGAAAUGCGACGGCAAAUGCCCCGUUUGCGACAGCUACGUCCGCCCUACCACCCUCGUCCGCAUCUGCGAUGAAUGUUCCUUCGGAAACUACCAAAACAAGUGCGUCGUAUGCGGCGGCGAAGGAAUCUCAGACGCGAUGUAUUGUAAGGAAUGCACCCGCCUCGAAAAAGACCGCGACGGCUGCCCGAAAAUCAUAAACUUGGGCUCGAGCAGGACUGAUUUGUUCUACCAGAAGAAGAAUUUCAGAAAUCACUAGUCGGAGCGACGGCAGCGCGUGGGGGAGCUAUGAAUGGGAAGAGGAGCGUUGGGUACAACGCGCUGCCUGUGAAUGAAACAUAUCUCUACAUCGGAUGAUUAUAGGGUCAUCGACUGCGCACAAGCGGAUCAUCGGAACAUUAACAGCUCCUAGAGACCAUCCGUUGCGAGCCACGGACUU